AUGACAGACUCCAAACGUUCCAUUGAAGCUCGAGACUUGAUAUCAAGACUCAAACAGCUCAAACAAGACGACGCAUCUACUUAUGGCGCCGCUGAUAACAUGUCCAUCACUGGAGACCGAAGAGUCAACCGAGCCACCUCCUUCGACUCGCUCCCGCGCUUCACAAAGUCCUCAACCAUGUCCACCACCUCAUCGACCUCAACCCGGUUCUCUGGCUUGCAUUCAUACCCCAGCGCCGCAGUCCACCGUAAUAACGUUGAGGUCAGCCCGGGAGAGUUCAGUAUGCCGCGUGUUCCUAAGAGGAGUCGCAGGGGCACGAACGGGAGCGCUAGGAGCUCGAGGAGUGAGGGAAGGAAGAAGAAGGAUAGCUUCGAGGCACACGCGUAUGGCCGACACUCAAACCAGUGGCUGUUCAACGACUUCAGUAUCACGGAUGCUGUCAGAAAAGGCUGCGGAAAGGUGUUUGGAAGGAACGAUUAG